CCAACGUCUGUUUUCCAAUUUAGUACUCGCACCAAGGCAACCUUUUCUUCCCAUUUAUUUCCACCAUUUCAUCAUUUGGAUUUUGGCAUUCAUCAUUCAGUGAGUUACCAAACAACAACAAGAAAAGAAGAGAAAAAAAAAACGCGGGUUUUCGCCAUGGCUGGAGAAGAAAUCAUCAGAGGAAACAUUGAACCCGAGAAGCAAAGCCUUCUCAAUCAGCACAAGGAAAAGCAUUUCACCGCCGGGGAGAUUGUCCGCGACAUCAUCAUCGGCGUAUCCGACGGUCUCACCGUGCCCUUUGCUCUUGCCGCUGGAUUGUCUGGUGCCAAUGCCACCUCUUCCAUUGUUCUCACCGCUGGCAUCGCUGAGGUUGCCGCUGGUGCCAUCUCCAUGGGACUUGGCGGGUACCUAGCGGCUAAAAGUGAAGCCGAUCAUUAUGCGAGGGAGUUGAGAAGAGAGGAAGAAGAAAUCAUUUCCGUGCCUGAUACAGAGGCGGCGGAGGUGGCUGAAAUACUGGCGGGGUAUGGGAUAGAACCCCAUGAAUAUGCGCCCGUAGUCAACGCUCUCAGGAAAAGGCCUCAGGCUUGGCUUGAUUUCAUGAUGAAGUUUGAGCUGGGAUUAGAGAAGCCAGACCCAAGAAGAGCAUUACAGAGCGCAUUCACCAUUGCUGUUGCUUACAUUUUGGGUGGAUUGGUGCCCCUCUUUCCUUAUAUGUUCAUUCCAAGAGCUAGGGAUGCUGUGGCUGCAUCAGUGAUCUUAACCAUAGCAGCACUCCUGAUCUUUGGCUACGCCAAGGGUUACUUCACCGGCAACAAACCCGUAAAAAGUGCUUUGCAAACUGCUUUCAUUGGUGCCAUUGCAUCUGCUGCUGCUUUUGGCUUGGCUAAGGUUGUCCAUCCAUAGGUCAUACCAAUGCAUGAACUAGAUAGUUAUCUUGCUUUUUACGGAAGUUUAUUCGUGCCUGUUCUUAACAACAGAAUUAUCUGGAUUUGUUUUCAUCUGUUUAAUGUGCUUAAUUAGAUUAAAUCCGAUAUGAUCGGUAUUUUUCUCCUCC